UAAUGAAUAAGAGCUCAUGUAAACUGAUGACUUCAAUAAUUAUCUUAAAUCAAUCCAGAUAUUGUCUAGAAAAUAAUUGGGUAUUUAAAGAUGUGUAUGUAUUAGAUAUUAUUCUAAGCCAUAGCCACUUGACUGCAAUCAAAAGUGCUUCAUUUAACGUACCCAUAUUUUCGAAGGUGUUUCGCAUGUCCUGGAUAAACCUGAAGAUUCAAGAACUCGACAGUGGUGCUUUGCUUGGUUUAUACUCGUUAAAUAAUCUGGAGAUAAAUUCGAAACUUCCAACCAUGAGUAUGGCAUUUUUACAGCCAGUGCAGACCACGUUAACACAUCUUAAACUGAAUACACACUUCAUAUUUUACAGUAACUUGAGUCUUUUUGAGAAUAUUUAUCUUGAAAAGGUAACUUAUUUAGACCUUAGCUACAAUACAUUUCUUGGUCCGCUUAACAAGCGAAUAUUCAUUGCCGUGCCUAACACAACUUACCUCUACUUACAGCAUUGUUCGAUUACUUCUAUAGAGUAUAAUGCUUUUAGUGAUAUAGCUCAUAAUUUAAAGAUUGUUGAUCUGGCAUACAACAUGCUUUCUUCGGUCAGUUCGAUUGUGCUAACUGGAAUUCAUCCUAUAUAUAUUGAGCUUGAGCCCAACAAUUGGCUUUGUAAUUGCGAACUUUUGUCCUUGAUAAAUUACGUCGCUAAAAACUCUAGGAUCUUUAUAAACGUACCAUUUUGUCGCAUGCCCUACCAUUUUUUUGGUAUACUCUUUAACCACCUGACAAACAGUGAAAUAAAUUGUUCUUUGCCUAUUGAACCUAUGAUUACAACACAGAAAAUAUAUGUUUCAACCACUACUGAGAAACUGACUCAUACUACUGCAGGCAGCCAAGAAGUUUUUUUGCCGCGAACUACAAUAGGGAGUGGUAAAUACACUAGUUCUUAUACAAAUGAAUAUUCUUACGGUCCUAUAAUACAAUUGAGUUGCUCUGAGGCGAUUGAUUUAAAUAAAAGUGUACGUCACGAUGCACAGAGAGAUAUAAACACAGAUAAAGUCGAGCAAGAUCAGUCAAACUAUGCCAAUAACUUUUUUGUUUUUCAACCCCCAGCAAAUGACCUUUAUUUGGAGUUAUCUGAUGACCUUAGUGUACAAGUACGGAUUGAUAAUUAUAAUGAUGUAGACCAGCUAAACAUUAUUUGGUUCACAGAAAUGUUUGAUAGUAAUAAAGAUGUUCGUGAUGUAGACUCCUUAUACAGCUGUGUGCAAUAUUCUGCCCCGUUUUUAACGAUUCCCCUUCAUGGAAAUCAUACCUAUACUUUCUGUAUGGUGCCAAUGGAAAACGUAGCUAUUUCCCCGCUCUUUUGUCAACCUCUUUAUGUACCUGUGGUUGGAGAAGAAACUCAUAAUGCGACGAACUUUGAUCAGAACAGUAAUAAGCAGUUUUCGGUCGCAAUGCUGGGAUUAAUUUUUUUUCUUUCUACCAUUUUUGGUGCAAUAAUUGCAUAUCUUGGUAUCAAAGUGUACCCAGAUCUUUUAGAAGGCUCAAAGAAAGUAUUAAUAAUUAAGAAGUUGGAUAAAACGUGCUAUAUAUCAACCAUAGCAGAAUCGAAAUACACACUAGAUGCAUCAAACAGAAAAUACGUUGGUGCACAACUUGGCAAUGACCCUCUGCAUCUUUACUCAGAAGAAACUGACAUCAUUGGACGUGAUCUCGACAUCGUUUAUAAAGCGGACGAGUAUGAAAUGCCUAAAUAUCUUGAUUAUUCAUUAAAAGAGUAUGGUGAUCUCAGUUUGGGAAGCAAAUUUGCCCCCCCACCAUUACCAAAGCGUAAUUCUAACAAUUUAAUAUUACAUUAAAUCAUGGAAUAAUAUAAGUUAA